AUGGAACAAUUUGUUCAGGCAAUUGUAGCAACGCAAAAUCCGCAACUUCGCGCCCAAGCUGAGUUGCAAUUAUCACAAUUUCAACAAUCGAAUCCACAGCAAUACAUGUUGACACUUCUUCAAGUAAUUUCUGACAAGGCUCAGAACGUCGGAGUUCGACAAAUAGCUGGUCUUAUUUUUAAGAACUUGUUUAAAAACCGCGCGAAUUCGCAAACCAUGGCCGACAAAUGGAUUGCCAUGAAUGAUCAAAUACGACAAAUGACACACACUGCAUUAUUGGGGCUUCUUGUUGAACCAGAUAUGAACAUCCAGAAUUUGGGUGCGAAUAUUAUUUCAAAUAUCGCGGUCAUCGACUUAAAAACACAAAGGUGGCCAGAUUUGAUCAACUUUUUGACUGUCGAUCCAACGUUGCCAAAAUUAAAAGCAAUUUCUAAUAUUAUUGAAGACGCCGACUACCCAACAGCAGAACCAUUGUUUAAUCCUGUUGUCAUGUUAUGCUUCAAGAUAGUGUCAGUGAGUGUUGAAACAUGCGUUGCAGUGCUUGACAUAAUCGAUCACAUUUUCAAUUUCAAAAAGGUGACAGAUGACCCCGCCAAAAGAAAUCAAUUACUUCAACUUGUGUUAUCUGCAGUCAAACAAAAUAACAACGAUAUCAUCUUGAAAUCAUUCCAAGUGAUUAACACCUUUGUCGACUUCUGCUUUGCUAACUUUUCGGAAAUAGAAGGUGUGAUGGUGGAGGUGUCACAGAAAAUAUUGGGAUUGCCAUGCACUCCACAAGUCUUAGACGUUCAGAAAACAGUUUUGAAUUUAUGGGAGACGGUAGCAAAGAAUGAGUUGGAUCAAACAACCCAAACUCGCUCAGUCAUCCAACCCGUCUUCCCACUUCUAUCGCAACAAAUUAUCGCAAUGAUUGCGUCAGUACCAUCUCCAACAGAAGAUAUCGAUGAGAACGAUGUAUGCUUUGUGUCACAAGACACUCUGGCCACAAUGGUGAAAUGUGUUGGACCGAGUGUGCUCACACAGAUGUCUAACACUAUUGGGGCCUUAUACACAAACCCUAACUGGCAAAUUCGUUUCCAGGCGAUGAGUGUAUUUGCUUCCCUUUUAGUCGAAAGUGGGAUCAAACCAGAGGUGAUUUCGUCACAUGUACUUGCACUUGGGCAACUUCUGAAUGAUCAAGUUCCAAUCAAUCGAGCAACAUCUGUGUAUGUCAUUUCAAAAGUUAUUAAAUUCUAUCCAGACUAUUUUGGCCGCUCUGAAAUUAUUGGAAUCACAAACAAAAUGUUUUCAAUGUUUGGUGAUGUUGAAAUAGUCACUCAUGCUAUUGCGAUCUUUUUCUCGGGCUUGGGGUCUAUUGAACGGUUGUCCUCUUAUGUAUUUAGUCAGGACUUUGCUGGUAAAGUAAUCCAUGCGCUUCUCGAUGCGACUUCGAAGAGCCGUAAUCUCUCGAUGUCAACACUCUUCUUGACAUCAGUCAGCGACAUAUUAAAGGGUUCGAAGAACAAAGGUCUGUGUAUUGAAAUGGACAAGUUCUUGUUGAGUUCGAUGCAGUCGGUGUUGUUCCAAAACCCCGAGUUUCUUGGAUACACUGUCUUGGUGCUUGAGAGUUGUUUGAUGAACUUUGGAGAUGACCUCAUGAAUAACCCACAACUUGUAAAUAUGCACAUGGGUAUUGCGAUACAAUCGUUUAAUGUGUGCCCUGAGCCAGCACUCAUAUUAUUGGACUUUUUAGUUGCUACGUUGAAGGAGAACAUCAAGCCGAUGUUUAACACCCUUAUUGGAAAGGUGAUUGAGUGGUCCCGUAUAGAAAUGCGCCCUGAUGUAUUUUUAUCGUACAUAUUAUUGGUUGGCGACAUGGCUCUUUCAGCACAAAGCGAGUUUGAGAAGUACUGCGGUGAUUUUGUUGGUCUCUUUUUGAACGCGCUUCUCAACCCCGAGUUUGAGAUCACACAAAAGAACCAAAUAACAGAAAUUAUUGGUGACUUGAUAGUAGUGGGGUGCCAAAAUGUGGCGAGUCAAAUCAAAAACAUCAUUGGAGUGAUGUAUCAAUUAAUUCGUGCUGAGACCAUUGAAACUAAAGAAUCACAAAUGCUCUCAGCACAAAGCAAAUGUGCUGCGCUUUACGUCUUAGCUGUCAUUUUACAACAAUUCAAAAACGCUGAACCAUUGACUGAACUGAUUGGUGGAAUGCUCGAAGCGAUAUACUAUAUUAUCAAAAACCAACACUUUGGUGAAGACUUUAGUCUUGUUUCUUCCGUGACAGGAACUCUGUAUGAUAUCUUUGACUUUAAGUUUGUCACAAACUCGCCGUUAAUUCUGAACGAAGUCAAGUCUGGCAACAUUUUCCAAGCGUUAACGAGAAUCAAGUCUGUUUCUGUUUCCAAUGACCAAAAGGUCUAUGAAAACAAUAAGAUUUUGUCUGCAAUUGAGAAGAAAAUCAAACAUGCGUUUAAUAUCUAA